AUGGCAUCACGGCAUGCACUUAUUCUUGCCUUUACUCUGUGUUUAAGCUACGUAAGCGUAAGCAACGCAGAGUUAUUUCGAGGUCAGUUUCCAGAUGAUUUUAUAUGGGGCUGCGCAAGCUCCGCAUAUCAGAUUGAAGGUGCUUGGAAUAUUGAUGGUAAAGGCGUCAAUAUUUGGGACACGUUCACUCAUACACCAGGAAAUGUAUGGGGAAAUCAUACUGGAGACGUGGCAUGCGAUAGUUAUCACAAGUACAAGGAGGAUGUAAAGCUUCUCAAGUCUCUAG